AGCUGCGACAAGGCGCACGACAAGGGCACGACGACGAGCUGCAUCGCGUUCUCGCCCGACGGCAAGUACCUCGUCACCCGGGGAGGGGACGGGACGCUCAAGCUGUGGAACCCGAAAGCGCUCAAAAAGCCCCUGUCGACCGCCACGUCGCUCCCCUCGCUCAACGGCGAGACCAACGCGUGCUUCUCGCCCGACGGGCAGUACGUCCUCACGGGCACGGCCGGCAACCGCGCCGGCGUGCUCGCUGGCGACAUCUCGCCCUUCUCGGUCGUGCGCGUCUUGUGGCACCCCAAGAUCAACCAGAUCCUCACCGGCUCGGCCGACGGCUCGAUCCACGUCCUGUACUCGCCCUCGUCGGCGACCAAGGGCAUCACGCUCGCCGUCGCGCGGGCGCCCAAGGCGCGCCAGCUCGAGGACUCGUUCGCGUACUCGGCGGCGGGAGGAGACGCAGGCGAGGGGGCAGGGGUCGGCGGGCCAAUCAUUGCGCCGCACUCGCUGCCCAUGUUCAAGGACGAGGGCCAGGUCAUGCCGCCCGUCCAAGGCCCGGGCAAGGGCGGCCGCAUCGGCGCCGCCGCGACGCAGCACGUCGUGCAGGGCCUCGUGCGCAACAACAUUCGCGACCAGGACCCCCGCGAAGCGCUCCUCAAGUACGCCACGGCCGACCCGAACGACAACACGUGGACCAAGGCGUGGGCCGCGACUCAGCCAAAGACGGUCUUCGACGACCGGCCCGACCCGGAGGACGACGUCGAGGAGAAGAGGGGGCGGUGA